GUGAACGUUGACCAAGAACAAUUUACACGUUAGCAUUGUUGUUAUUAAGACGUUUAUUAACACAUUGGAACUCAAAAUAUGACUCAUUUAACGGCACAACAUCACAUACUUCAGGUAGUCUUUAAUUCACGUUAGAGAUAGGACUUGGUUGAUAGACGUUAUCUAAGUAACGUUAGCUAACGAUGGUUUUUCACACUCAAAUAGCCUCCAUCAUGGAGGUUCUAGCGAAUGCAGCUGUGGCAGAGAUCUGUAAAGUCGUAGACGACGACUAUGCAGUGUUUCGUUUGGAAAUAACUCAAAACCAGAAAGAAAACAGGACAUUGAGGAGGAAAUUACAGCUAUUGGAACUGAAGGUGGUACGGGAGCGCGCAGAGAGGACAAUUAGAGAGCGCGUCCGCGCCAGUCGUCCCAGUAGUGUCAAGAUCCUCGACCAAUACAGAGGAAUGGCAAGAGGUGAAGGUCUUCUCACUGGAGGCCACAUGAGCUUUGUGAAGCCAGCGGGACACAAUACAUGGAGAGAUGACCAACCAAUCACUGUUGAUGAGAGAAGUGGAUCUUCAACCCAGCAUGUUAUUGUGAUAGAGUCUGCAGAUGCAGAGGCUUCUGGUUCUGGAGGAUCAUCUCUAGUAAAACAGGACAGGACUGAAGGAGACGACCCACGGCACAGCAGAGAUAUGAAGCUGGAGACUGGAGCAGCGGCUGGCGUGGCGCCCCUUGUAGCCACGGAGGACCUCGCCACCAUGACCCAUCCAAGGACCCGACGCAUCAUCACGGAGGUCAAUGGAACGCUGGACGCUGUCCUCAAGUCAGAGACAAACACCAAGACUUUAACUGUAACACACAGGCUAUUACACACUAGAUCUGACCACAGGUCAGACCCAGAGAGACUGGGGCUGAGGCGACCGAGCUGUCCUCUUGCUCCCGGCUCAGAGUAUUUACUUUACGGUAACCCGAGGACGGUUCAUUCCCAUCGGGACUCAGGUUACGCGUUAGAGACGGGAAAUGAUCCGUCUUGUUCCUACACAACAGAGAUGGACCCUGACAACAUGCCCUUGGAUUUAGAAACACAGAUUGAUCAGUCUAGAGGGGACUGGAAUCGGUACAGUAGUAGUGUAUACUCUGAAGGGUGCCUAGAUAAGAAAGGGGAGGUUAUAGUGGUAGAUGAGGUGAAAGUGGAGGGCGACGCUCCUCUGACAUGGAAUGUAGACGAUACUCACUUAGGGGAAGGACACUCACAGGACAGAGAUUUGUUAGAUUACAGGGAAAGCUUAGAGACAAAUCCAAGCAUCGAGACCCACUCCCCUUUACAUGCGCUCAGGGAUUGCGACCCAGUGUCCAAGUCGAUGGACCAUUCCGAUUCACACAUUCUUUUUGAUCAGGUUUUGAACUCAAAUGACCAAGGGGCCAAUGUUUUGGGAGGUGAAGCAAGCAGUAGUAAAGAGAAGCGGUUCCUCUGCAUGUUCUGUAACAAAGGCUUCAGCUGCCUCCAGAAGGUGGAGAUCCACCAGAGGGUCCACACAGGGGUGAAACCCUUCAGCUGUACCCAGUGUCACAUGCGUUUCACCGAGGCUGGUAAACUGAAGAGGCACCAGAGGGUCCACACAGGGGAGAAACCCUUCAGCUGUACCCAGUGUCAGAUGCGCUUCGCCCAGGCUGGGCACCUGAAGAGGCACCAGAGGGUCCACACAGGGGAGAAACCCUACAGCUGCCCCCAGUGUCACAUGCGCUUCGCCCAGGCUAGCAACCUGAAGAUGCACCUGAAAGUCCACACGGGAGAACGGCCGUUUGCCUGUACACACUGCGGGAAGAAGUUCUCAGAGAGGAGCUACCUCAGAAUACACCAGCAGAAAAACCAUUCCACUCUGUAACAUAGAAAGUAGCCAUUCCACUUGAUCGCUUCUGACAUGUAGAUCAAAUGCUGCAUUAAAGUCAAAGAUUAAUUUUCA